GGAACAACAGGAUGAGCCAACAAAAUGACCAAAAAAAACAUCCAGCAGCCCCCCCACAUUAAAGAGGAAGAGGAGGAUCCACAGCCGCCCCACAUUAAAGAGGAAGAGGAGGAAGUGUGGAUCAGUCAGGAGGGAGAGUGUCUUCUAGGGCAGGAGGAGGAUGAUGUCACCAAGUUUCCACUGACUGUUGUCUCUGUGAAGACUGAAGAGCAUGAAGACAAACCACCUGAGUCCUCACAGCUUCAUCACAGUCCAAACGUCUGUGAAGAACAACUUCUGCCUGAAAAACAGGAGUGUAGCUUCAGGAUGGUGAAGGAGGAUCCAUCAAAGAGGAAGACCAGGCGCCACAAACCCUCUGGCGUCUCCUUUUCCUCUUUGACACAGACCCUACCUUGUAAAAACGCAGAGGAAGACUCACUGACCCCCUACAUUAAAAAGGAAGAGGAGGAACACUGCAUCAGUCAGGAGGGAGAUCAUAUUGAAGGACUGGUGGAGUUCCCAGUGACUGGUGUCCCUGUGAAGAGUGAAGAUGAUGAGGUCAAAGGUGAAAGUGAGGAGAAGAGAGAGGCGGAGCCUCCAAGCAGCAGCUCAACACAACACAUGACAACAGAAGCUGAUGGAGACCACUGUGGAGGAUCACAAGCAGACAAGCUCUUAGCUCCACUAUUAGAUAGUGAGGACACAACGUCACACCCUCCUGACACUGAUGAUGAAGACUCUAAAGAUGAUAAGACAUGUCACACUGACAACACUCACUUGAAAUGUUCUCACUGUGACAAAUCCUUUCAUUCCUGUUCUUAUCUGAAAAUACACAUGAGAACACACACUGGAGAAAAACCGUUUUCCUGCUCAGAAUGUGGUAAAUGUUUUACUAACAAUCAGAGUUUGAAAGUACACAUGAGAACGCACACUGGAGAAAAACCGUUUUCCUGCUCAGAAUGUGGUAAAUGUUUUACUAACAGUCAGAGUUUAAAAGUACACAUGAGAAUACACACAGGAGAAAAACCCUUUUCUUGUUCAUUCUGUGGUAAAGGUUUUACAAAAAAAAACGUGUUAAACCAACACACGCCAACACACACUGGAGAAAAGCCUUUUACCUGUUUAAUAUGUGGUAAAAGUUUUACACACAGUCAGAGUUUAAAAAAACACACAAUGUUACACACUGGUGAACAACCUUUUGUCUGUUCAAUCUGUGGCUUAUCUUUUACAAGGAAGGAGUCUUUGAAAGUGCACACAAGGAAACACACUGGUGAAAAACCUUUUUCCUGUUUAGUCUGUGGUAACGGUUUUGCUGAAAGUAAAUAUUUGAAAAAACACACUAGAACACACACUGGUGAAAAAUCACAUUCCUGUUCAAUCUGCAACAGAAGCUUUUGUGAACGAUCAAACCUUAGAGCACAUAUGAGAACACACACAGGAGAGAAGGUGUUGAGUUGCAGUGUGUGUGGUGAAAGAUUCUCUUAUAAGAAGCAGUGUAAGAAGCACAAGUGUGCUGUUGAGAACAGCAGCAGCAAAUGAAACUGCAGGAUUUGAAAUAAACUGUCAAAACUUUAA